AGCUAAGUGGACUCAUCCACUUCCCAUCAGCAGCUGACAGCAUGCAAGUGCAAGGUCGAUGUUCUGUGGAGAGAUGGCUGCUAUAAAUCAAUAAGGAGUAAACUAGGAGUCCUUCAUUAAGUUCAUUUAUUUGAAUCAUGAAACUGAUCACGCCAAAGGGAUCGUAGAAAUGUAUUUUUCUGCUCUCCCGAGUAUGAGAAUUUAACCCCCCACCUUCCCCAAGGUGUCUACCAAGGAUGGUAACAAGAAAAUUCCUUAUUUUGCUCACUAUUGCCAUUUUCCAAAUUAGCGGCCAGGAGAUUUGUCCAACCGUAUGUGACUGUGAUUAUACAUAUCAUGUAACAGUAAACUGUUCUAACAGGGGACUGUCAAUAAUACCACCGAAUCUACCACAUAAUGUCUCGGUUCUACUUCUCCAAGGUAACGACCUCACUGACCUUAGAGGGUUGCCCCUGUUUCCAGGUCUACAAGUGCUGGAUGUUAGUGACAAUGACAUCACAGACACUAUCAGUGACUUCACUUCCCUGCCAAAUCUACAACGGCUAAACUUACACAGCAACAAAUUAACAAAUUUUCCAGACUUCCGCAAUUUGGUAUUAACAUGGCUGGAUAUCUCAGGAAAUAGUAUUCAGGAUCUCAAUGCUAGUCACUUUCAUUUAUCCAAAUUAACUUACUUCAAUGUGAGCAACAAUCCUUUUCAAAAUGUGUCAACUCAAGUUUUUGAAAAUUUGACAGACUUGGAGAUACUUGAUUUGAGUAACACUUCGGCACCCUGGGACAGCCCACUCUCACUGGAAAGUCUCUCCAAGCUAAGAAAAAUCUACCUUAAAAAGAACGUGUUUAAAAACUGUUACGACCUUAGGUUGUCUGUUAACUCUAGUCAGCUAGAUAUUAUAGAUCUCAGUGAAAAUAAUAUUGCCUCUCUGGAAAACUGUACAUUCCACAUAUUGCCAAAUUUGAAAGAGCUUUACUUGGAUGGAAAUAACAUAAGUGAUCUAUCUGAAAAAAGUUUUCAAUCAUUGCCAAUGUUACACGUGCUUUCACUAGAUAAAAACAACAUAGCAACAAUUCAAGACCCCGUCUUUCACUCCUUGCCUCACUUACAUACAUUAUCCUUGAGCAAUAUGCCCCACUUGUACCAUCUCAGUAGAAGGGCCUUCAGUGGACUUCAGGACCUACAGAAUUUAGAGAUGAAGAAUAACCCACGCCUAUCAUACAUCUCUGAAGAACUCUUCAGUGGCAUGAAAAGCUUGGUGAACCUUGACCUGAGUCACAACAACAUAUCAACCCUCGCAGAACCUGCAUUCCCGCCAAAGUCAAACAUCCUAACUGUAGAUAUCUCCGGCAACUCACUCGUCUGCGACUGCCACAUUGAAUGGAUCAGUAAAAUACUUCAGGCCAAUGACUCUUCUAUCACUUUUACCAAUUCAAGUGACUUGACAUGUACUCUUAAUGGAUCAAGUGUCUCCAAGCCUCUCAUACAACAGGAUAGUCUCUAUUGUCCAGAAACAAGUCUACAACAUGUUAACUCGAGGGUGGACUCCCUUAUUGGAUCUUCAGCAAGGUUAGUCUGCCCGCAUCAAGGAGAUCCUCCCCCUAGAAUAACCUGGAUCACCCCAAGAAACGUUCAGCUCGUAUUCUACAACUCCCACCCACUGGCCAAGUGGAAUUAUCCAACUCUAACUGAUGUACAACAGAACGGGUCAUUUCACAAGGACCACUACUGGCACUACACAAAUGAAUAUUUUUCAGAACUUGAAGAACACCCUGACAGAGUUGUUGUCCUUGAGGAUGGAUCCCUGUACAUUGACUAUGUCUUGCGCAUUGAUUCAGGUCCCUAUAAGUGCAUUGUGGAGUCCCCCCAGAACAGAAGUACAUCACAAAUUCUACUGAGGCUGGACUAUCAAGUGCUCAUGGAAGUUAAAAUAUUUAGUUUAUUUGUUGGACUAGGUUGUUCUGCCUCAUUCUUCAUGCUCAACUUAAUUUAUGUGUUUAUUGCCGCUGCUGCAAGAAAAUGCAUCAGUCAACGCAGAAGGGAGGCCAUAAUGCAGUUUCUGGAGAAUUUUGACCAAUACAAGACAAACAAACUAUCAUCUCUCCGAGACAAUUACUAUGCUCAAGUCGCAAGGAUAAGAGAAACAUAUCAUAAUCGCAUGACUAAGCUUCGCGAAAAUUACAAUACUCAAAUGACCAGAUUUCGUGAAGGAGCAUCUCACAUCAGAGAGGGAACAACACAUCGCGUGGACAUUAUACGAGACAAAUAUCAGAUCAAGCAACGCAAACUCCGUGAAUACAGCUCUCAACAACUGCAUCAAUUACGCGAUACCUACAACACUCAGUUACUAAAGGUGAGAGAAUACGGGUCUCUUCGACUAGGUAAACUGCAUAAGAAGUACAAACUCAAACAAAAACACAUGAUCAACCUGCUGGACACACUGAACAUUGAUAACUGUCGAACAAUCAUCGACAGCGAGUGUGUGAGAACCGAGUCUAUGCUGUUUGAGCCAGAAGAUAUUCUCUGCACGCCCGAGUCCAGGUCAUUAAGCUCAGGCGAGUAUGUCACUGCAAGUUCAAACAAUACAUCAACUCACGCUAGCCAAGAAAGCUUACACGGCUCUGACCCAAGUGAGCAGCAUAUGAACACAGACAACAGGGUCUUCAUUGUCCAUGAUGCCAUUGCCAAUGAUACUCCAGAUGGGCUCUCCAUAACAAUAUCUGUAACUGAGGAGGACCCUGAAGACAGCCUCUCAGUAACACUGCCAGACAGUAAUUCAGGUGGAGGACUCUCCUUAAUACGGCCCUCAGUUGAUUCAGGUCAGACAUUGAAUCACACUCAAGAUAUAAUUCAACUUGGUGCUGAUAUUGACAAUGAUGAAGAAAGUCAAGAUUUAGCUCAAAGUUCAGUGUAAAGUCAAUGACUGUUAUAUGUGUUUUUCUCUACAAAAUAUCAAAACAUGUUUUUUUUCUCACUAAUAUCAUUGAAAUAGUUUUAAUUGUCAUUCAUCUUGUUUAUCAUAUGGGGAAUUCCAAAUCUUGUUCACAUCCUUAAGAGUUCUGGAAUCCAAAUGAUGGUGAAAAUCUUCCUGAUUAUCAGAAAAUAUUUAAAUAUAAAUAAAAUAUUAUGUCAGGACAGUAGACUUUGAAACUUCGAGCUUAAGUUAUACGAGCAUAUUUGAGUAACUAUUGUAUUUAUUAUAACCUAUUGUUUUUAUUACAAGUGUUCAUACAUGUACUGAGAUUCUUCUAGUCGGGUCUGGAGUGUUUGUGGAUCAUAAAUCACCCAUUUUUGUUGUAUUCAGAGAAAUAAAUAUGUUACAAAAAAUAAU